UAUUUUCAGGCAGAUCCCAAAAAGCCAACAAAUGUUUCGGUAGAGGCAAACAGGCCUGCUGCAACCCGCCCCGCUCGCCCAGACUUUGAGAUCAAAGCCACCGGAACAGAAGCGAAAAACUAUGACUUUGCCGCUGCGAGGCUUGCAUCAGGGCCCAUCAAGACCACUAAUAUUCUCGAAACGGUGGGCAACCUGAUCAAAACUUGCCUUGGAGGCGGCUCGGUCGGUAUACACGCGGCUUACAAAAAGUGUGGUCUGAUAUCUGCGUUCGUUAUCAAUAUCUUGGCUGGGAUGAUGCUCAUACACAGCAAAUAUAUUCUUGUGGAUUCGGCACAAAUCAUGUACGGACGGCUACACAUGUCAAGUCUCUCGUAUCCUGAUCUCGCUGAGGCGGUCUUAAAAACUGGCCCAUUCCCUAAACUGACUAAACGUGCCCACAUCUUCAGGUAUUUGGUAGACGCAACUAUCUGCAUAAACCUCUUUGGCUCUUGCUGUGUGUACUCAGUGAUAAUAGCUCGAACUAUAAAACAAAUACUGGAAAAUGCGUAUCUAGUAGGAGAGGAAAGCAUACGUAUCUACAUUGCCUGCAUGAUCAUUCCAUUAGUUCUCAUCGCAAUGAUUUUGUCUUUGAAGUACUUGGCGCCAUUUUCUAUUGUAGGAAAUAUAUUACUAUUGAUUGUGGCGUUCUCCACGAUAUACUACGGAUCUAAAGCUGCCACCAAGUCCCCUGCAGAGUUUCCUCUUAUCAAGGACGCAGAGGGCUUCUUCGGGUUUCUAGGAGUUUGCGUAUUCAGUAUGGAAGGGAUGGGCGUAGUGCUUCCAAUCGAGAACCAUAUGAGGGAACCGAAGAAAUUCCCUAGAGUACUGUGCAUGGGCAUGUCGGUGGUGAUUGGCAUAGUAGCAGCAAUUGGAUUUUUCGGCUAUUGGGGUUAUGGCGAGGAUUCCGUUACUCCUAUCACUAUGAAUUUUCCUUGGGCAAUUUUCCCUAUCAUUCUACGAAGCAGUUUGGCCUUGGUCGUAUACGUUACAUUCGCUCUCAACUUCUGGGCUCCCUUCAACCUGGUGUGGUAUUACAUUAAAGUCAGACACAACCCGGACAAGUUUUGGUGUGUGGAGCGGAUUUAUAGAGCUCUCAUUGUGAUUGGGCUUAUUCUGCUCGCCAUCGCGUUCCCGAAUAUCAACGCUUUCAUGGGAUUCUUGGGCUCAUUUUGCAUCUCGCUCAUGGGCUUCUUGUUCCCGUCGUUCAUCGAGCUGGCUGUCAAAUGGAACGACCCAGGUUUGGGCGCCUGCAAAUGGCGGCUGUACAAAUUCGGCGCCGUGUUCGGUUUCGGCGUGUUCUUGUGUAUUUUGGGAACGUAUUCCAAUGUCAAGAGCUUGGUUACUUCCAAAGAGUAGAUUGAAAA